UUAUGUUCAUCAAGAUUUACAUAGUGGCAAUAUACUUAUGUUUAGUGUCGGAGAUUAUUUAGAUUCUAUAGUCAACUUUAUUGAUGUAGGAAAUAAAGUAGAAAUGUUUUCUCAGGAUAUUGGAAGGAAAUCAAAU